ACUCAUACCUACAGGAGUGGGUCUGAGAUGAUCAGUUCAGCCCACACGGGUCUAUGACAACAAAUGCUCACUCUGAGCCUGACCUAACAGGAAUGACGACAUUCACAGUGACGAGGAAGGAGGUGUGCCACUGUUUGUCCUGAGACUUUGAGCUGCGACAGAAGCUUCACGCAGCAAACAGGUCAUGAUGGGAGGUCUCCUCGGCUGGUCUGAACUCAUGUUAGCUCUCCUCUUUAUCUUCUCCUUGCAGACUGGGAGUGGAUCAGUAAAUGCAGGUGCAGCACCUGAUUGUUCAUACAUUCAGACUGUUUCACCAAAUGGAGCCAGUGGGGUUUACAGCAUCCAACCUGGAGGAUUCAACUCCAGCUUUGAGGCUUACUGUGAGAUGGGGGAAAAUGGAAUCUGGACAGUGAUCCAGAGGCGUACCGGAGGAGCAGUGGCAUUCGACAGGGAAUGGAAAGCAUAUAAGAAUGGAUUUGGAUUUGCUUCAUGGGAUCACUGGCUCGGUCUGGAGAAGAUUUCUGCUUUGACCAAGGACAAAUCCAAGAGGUGGAAACUGAGAGUGGAUCUGUGGGAUUUUGAAGGUGGCAGUGCUUAUGCUGAGUAUGAAGACUUCAGGGUGGGAAAUGAGAGUACAAACUACAGACUUAGUGUUGGCAGAUAUAGUGGAACCGCAGGUGAUGCUAUUACAGGACCGUAUCCUGCCUUUGACCAAAAUGGCUAUGGCUUCAGCACCCUCGACCAUGACAAUGACGGCUGCGACCCUUGCCUCUUUGGUGACAUUUAUGUGGUGUCAUGCACUGGGUUUGAGCGUGGCGGCUGGUGGUACAGCAAGUGUGGCUGUGCCAAUCUGAAUGGUAACUGGCAGCCAGAGGGGGAUAACAUUGGUUGGUCUUCAGGUCUUCACUGGCACACCUGGAAAGGACCUGCCCCCUACUCAGCCAGAGCCACCAGAAUGAUGAUCACUCCCAUGCUGCCUUAGGAAUGGUUUCAAAUUAGGUCUAAUUCUGUAUUUUCAUUUGAUUUGAUAAACAUGAAACUAUCUGAAACUCCUACUUAUUCUCUUAAAUUCAUCAAGUUUAUAAAUGCUGAGAAUAAAAGGUCUGUUAUCAAUGAACUGCAA